AGGAUUUGCUAAAAAUCGGUGUCAUCAGCUUGCUUCACUCUCUAUCUUUCUCUGUUUACCAGAAGAAUCCCAAACUCCAAACCAAACAGUCCUUCACAGUCUACACUACAACUCAACUCGCUCCAUUUUUAUUUUCAUUUUAUUUCAAUGUUUGACUGCUUCUCAUUUUUUGUUUGAAAUUCGGGCAUUUUGAAUCUUCUGGAGUUCGGAAAGGUAGAUUUCUGGCAGAGAAUUCAUUAUGGAAGAGGAGAAUUCAGUUCAGCUUCUGCAGAGAUACAGGCGGGACAGGAGAAUACUUUUAGAUUUUAUACUCUCUGGUAGUUUAAUUAAGAAAGUUGUAAUGCCUCCUGGUGCUGUUACAUUAGAUGACGUAGAUCUAGACCAAGUCAGCGUAGAUUUCGUUCUUAAUUGUGCUAAAAAAGGCGGCAUGCUUGAGCUCUCUGAUGCAAUUAGAGAUUACCAUGAUAACACGGAAUUGCCCCACAUGCAUAAUGGUGGUUCUGCUGCUGAGUUUUUCUUGGUUACAAAUCCUGAAACGUCAGGAUCCCCUCCUAGAAGACCUCCACCGCCUAUUCCAGUUUCAACACCAUCCCAUGUGUAUACACCUCCUCCUGCAUCUGCACCAUCUCCUCUUGUAUCAUUUUCAAGUGUAGGAAAGUCAGAGUCCUUUAACUCCACUGAAGUGAGAGAGCUGACAGUGGAUGACAUUGAUGAUUUUGAGGAUGAUGAGGAAGUUGAAAGUAUUAGGGUUUCAAGGCGUAAUACAAUUAGUGCUGCUGAUAUCAUGCCCAAAUUGCCGACUUUUGCAACAGGCAUAACAGAUGAUGACCUUCGUGAAACUGCAUACGAAGUCCUCUUAGCAUGUGCUGGGGCGGCAGGAGGCCUAAUAGUUCCCUCAAAGGAGAAAAAGAAGGACAAAAGGUCUAGGUUGAUAAGGAAGCUUGGACGCAGUAAAAGUGAAAGUAUUGUGCAGUCUGAUCGUGCACCGGGACUGAAUGGAUUAUUAGAAAUUAUGCGUGCUCAGAUGGAGAUUUCUGAGGCAAUGGAUGUUAGGACAAGACAAGGGCUGCUCAAUGCGCUUUCUGGUAAAGUGGGAAAAAGAAUGGAUACUCUUCUGGUUCCUUUCGAAUUGUUAUGUUGCAUUUCACGGACAGAGUUUUCUGACAAGAAGGCAUAUAUAAGGUGGCAGAAAAGGCAGUUAUUCAUACUAGAGGAGGGGCUUAUCAAUCACCCAGUUGUUGGAUUUGGUGAAUCUGGACGUAAGGCAAGCGACUUGAGGAUUCUCUUGGCCAAAAUUGAGGAAGCUGAGUUUCGUCCAUCUUCUGAAGGAGAAGUCCAGCGAACAGAAUGCUUGCGGUCUCUAAGGGAAGUUGCUGUUGCACUUGCUGAGAGACCAGCUCGGGGUGACUUAACCGGUGAAGUAUGCCACUGGGCGGAUGGCUAUCACCUCAAUGUUAGAUUAUAUGAAAAGCUCCUUCUCAGUGUCUUUGACAUCUUAGAUGAGGGGAAGCUGACAGAGGAAGUAGAAGAGAUACUUGAGCUUUUGAAAUCUACCUGGCGUGUCCUUGGACUUACGGAGACUAUCCAUUACACAUGCUACUCAUGGGUAUUAUUUCAUCAGUAUAUUAUCACACAAGAGCACAGACUCUUGCAGCUUGCCAUUGAACAGCUAAGGAAGAUAUCAUUGAAGGAACAACGGGGCCCUCAAGAGAGGUUGCAUUUGAAAAGUUUGUCUUCCAGAGUUGAAGGCGAAGAUUUAUCUUUUUUGCAGUCUUUCUUGUCACCAAUUCAGAAAUGGGCUGAUAAACAGUUGGCAGACUACCAUAAGAACUUUGCAGAGGAUUCUGCAACUAUGGAGGAUGUAGUUUUAGUUGCAAUGGUUACUCGGAGACUUCUUUUGGAAGAAUCUGAUCAGGCAUCUGUUACAGAUCGAGAGCAGAUAGAGUCAUACAUAUCAACUUCCAUUAAGAGUGCAUUUACAAGGACUUUUCAGGCUGUUGAAAGGUUAGACACAAUGCAUGAGCAUUGUCUGGCAUUGCUUGCGGAAGAAACGAAGAAACUGCUGAGAAAAGAAUCAACAGUAUUCACACCAAUCUUGUCAAGGAGACAUCCUCAAGCAAUUAUUAUUUCAGCAUCACUUCUUCAUAGACUUUAUGGGAUCAAGUUGAAACCAUUUCUGGAUGCUGCUGAACAUCUAACCGAGGACGUUGUAUCAGUAUUUCCAGCUGCUGAUAGCCUUGAGCUGUAUAUAAUGUCACUUAUUUCUUCUGGAGAGGGAAAUGCUGAAGCCAAUUUCAGAAAAGUAACUCCAUACCAGGUCGAGACUAUUUCUGGAACGCUGGUUAUGAGAUGGGUCAACUCACAGCUUGGAAGGAUUUUAAGUUGGGUUGAGCGAGCUCUUCAACAAGAGAGAUGGGAUCCAAUAUCUCCACAACAGCGGCAUGGGAGUUCAAUUGUUGAAGUAUAUAGGAUUGUGGAAGAGACUGUUGAUCAGUUUUUUGCUCUGAAAAUUCCAAUGCGGCCUUCAGAAUUAAAUGGACUUUUUCGGGGUAUUGACAAUGCAUUUCAAGUGUAUUCAAAUCAUGUCAUUGACAAGUUGGCAAACAAGGAAGAGUUAAUUCCACCUGUUCCUAUUCUCACGAGAUACAGGAAGGAAGCUGGAAUAAAGGCUUUUGUAAAGAAAGAACUAUUUGAAUCUAAUAAGGUGCCUGAAGAGAUAAAGUCGAGUGAAAUCAUUGUCCAGACUACUCCAACUCUUUGUGUUCAGUUGAAUACACUAUAUUAUGCCAUUAGUCAACUGAGUAAGUUGGAAGAUAGCAUUUGGGAACGAUGGACAAAGAAAAAACCUCGUGAACAGUUUAUCAGGAAAUCUAUGGAUGAGAAGUCCACGAGUUUCAAGCAGAAGAGCACUUUUGAUGGGAGUAGAAAAGAUAUUAAUGGGGCUAUUGACCGUAUCUGUGAGUUCACCGGAACUAAAAUCAUUUUUUGGGACUUGAAGGAGCCAUUUAUUGAACACUUGUAUAAACCCAGUGUUGCCCAAUCACGGCUGGAAGCAAUAAUCGAACCACUGGAUACCGAACUAAAUCAGCUCUGUAGUAUUAUUGUCGAAGCACUCAGGGAUCGCAUAGUGACAAGUCUCCUUCAAGCUUCUAUGGAUGGCUUACUGCGUGUGAUAUUAGAUGGAGGAUCAUCACGAGUUUUCUUCCCGGCUGAUGCAAGACUUCUAGAAGAAGAUUUGGAAAUUUUGAAGGAAUUUUUCAUAUCUGGAGGAGAUGGACUUCCUAGAGGAGUAGUUGAGAAUCAUAUAGCACGGAUUCGUCAUGUAAUUAAGUUGCAUUCUUAUGAGACUCGAGAAUUGAUCGAUGACCUGAAAUGUGUAAGUGGGGUGGAAAGGCAGGGUGGUGGAAGCAAAUUAGGUGCUGAUACACAAACUUUAUUGAGAAUAUUAUGUCAUCGGAGCGAUUCUGAAGCAUCCCAAUUUCUAAAGAAACAGUUCAAAAUACCCAAAUCUUCCUCAUAGCAUUUCGAAUUCUAUUCCUUUCUUCUUCUUUCUCACUCUAUGUUCUCAAUCUUUCUCGUCGGCAAUUUUUGUAUUUGUAAUAUCGCGUUAGGCGUAAGCGGUUUCUCCAUUGUUUAGGCUGUUUUUACUCUGUAGUCUGUACAUUCAUUGAGGCUGUAAUUUGUGAGCACUUUCUUUCUUCUUAAUACACACAAAUGCUCAUCUUUUUCUUGUU